AUCUCCUCGUUGCUCUAAACUUCUCCCCCGUACCGAGAAGUCAUUGUAGCAGAAAAAGUAACCAAUUUUAGACCCCUUGGAUCUCAUCUAAUUUUCGAGUUAAAACACGUCUGAGAACACGUUGAGCCAUCAGAAUGGUGAAAAUGAGUACAGAAACCAAGGCGCGCCUUUCAAUGGUGUUCGGCGUCACCAAAUUCGUCUUCCAUUGGGGCUUUGUGCCUACCGUUCUCUAUAUGGGAUUCAAGAAAGGAGCUGACCCUGGAAUGCCCGAUUUACAAUUAUUACAGUUGCUGUGGAUGUGAAUUUUUCUAUUUAUUAAAUUACAUCAUUCCAUUUGCUGUAUGUUCUCACAACUCAUCCAAAUUGAAGAAAGAAAAAUAUAUAAUUAUUAUUACUAGAGCCGUCUUUACAUUGUGUUUUGCUAAAUAAAACUUCUUAGAAUAGUUCAAGAA